GCCGGUGACGUGUGACGUCAACUUUCGCCACAUCACCCACAGAACAAAAUUCAUCUGUCAUACGUCAAUAUCUAAUCCUGAAAGUUGGUAAUACAAAUAUAACCAAAUAUAUAAAUUUCGAUAUUUUAAUUAUAUUUAUAUUUUACAUAACAUGAAUAAAAUUAGAAUUAUUCACUUGUUCAAUUAAUAUUUUAUACAAUAUAAUAAGAUUUAAGGUAUAUUAUAUUCUAAAAACCAAGAAAAGUUGGCAGUAAUUCUUCUUCUACAACUAUUUGAAUAUUAGAAAAUGUCUAAUAGUUGUCACAGCCAUAUUUUGUAUAUUUAAAUUUGGUUAAUAAUACAAAUUAAAUUUCUUAAAAGAAAAAAAUGAAUGAAUUACAAAAGUUAGAAUAUCUUUCGUUGGUAUCGAAAGUUUGUACGGAACUAGAAAACCAUCUUGGUAUGAACGAUAAAGAUUUGGCGGAAUUCAUCAUACAUUUAUCCGAGAAAAAUAAUACUCUCGAAACAUUCAAAAUAGCUCUAAUAGAAAAUGGUGCCGAGUUUUCAGAUUCCUUUAUAUCUAAUUUAUUGCGUAUUAUACAACACAUGAAACCGAAGGAACAAAUCGUUGUUGAAGAAAAAGAUACGUUAGCUACAAAGUUCCCCGGCUUAGCAUUACCAAAUGAAAUCCAGAAACCUUUAUAUACAGAAAAAGAAAUAGAAGAAAAUGAGGAUUUCGAUAUUGUAGCAGAUUUAAUGAAACAAUUUGAAGCAGACGCUCCUUCUCAAAAACAAGUAAACAAACAAAGAUCGAGGAGCUCCAGUGUCGAAGAAAAGAAAACAUUAACCACCAGUAGAUCAGAUUCUAGGUCUAUAAAAAGAAAAAAGUCAAAAUCUAGAGAAAGAGAUUACAAAAAAGAAAAACGCUGUAGAAGUCGAUCUAGAGAUAAAAAGAGAAAUAGACGAAGUAAUUCAAGAACUAGAACAGAUGUAGAUGAGGAUCGAUAUAGAAAUAGAAAAGAAAGAGAUAGGAGCAGAUCAAGAGAUAGAAGAAAUAGAGGUAGAAGUAGAUCAAGGGAUAAAAGAAGAGACAAAAGGGAUAGAAGUAGAUCUAGGGGUAGUAGAAGAAGGGAAAGAAGUUCUGAAAAGAGAUUUAAAAGUGAGAAGGACAAUCAGGAAUUUGAUGAUGAACCUAUUCCUGGAAAAAUCUAUAAUGGUAAAGUAUCUAAUAUUGUACCAUUUGGUUGUUUCGUACAAUUAGAAGGUCUAAAGAAGAGAUGGGAAGGUCUAGUACAUAUUUCUCAAUUGAGGGCCGAAGGUAGAGUGACGAAUGUAUCAGAAGUAACUUCUAGAGCAGCCAGAGUGAAGGUGAAAGUAUUGACUGUAACAGGGCAAAAAGUAUCAUUAUCAAUGAAAGACGUUUGUCAAAUGACAGGAAAAGAUUUGAAUCCUCUAUCCCACGCUCCAACCGAAAGAGAAGAUAGAGAUAGAAAUCCAGAUAGACCGAUAAAUAAUAGCACUUCAGUAUUACGACUCCCAAUCAAUAUAGAUGAAGGCGAAGAAGAUUCCAGGAAACGUGUGACGAGAAUUUCAAGUCCGGAAAGAUGGGAAAUCAAGCAAAUGAUCUCAUCUGGUUGCAUUGAUAAAAGUGAAUUACCAGAUUUUGAUGAAGAAACCGGUUUGUUACCAAAAGAAGAAGACGGAGAAGCUGAUAUUGAAAUCGAGUUAGUGGAAGACGAACCUCCGUUUUUACAAGGUCACGGUAGAGCCCUUCAUGAUUUAAGUCCAGUGAGAAUAGUGAAAAACCCUGAUGGAUCCCUUGCCCAAGCCGCAAUGAUGCAAUCUGCUUUAGCAAAAGAACGACGUGAACAAAAAAUGCUUCAAAGAGAACAAGAAGUCGAUUCCCAACCGUCGGGAAAGAACAAGAGUUGGAUAGAUCCUCUACCGGAAGAUGAAACUAGAAUUAUGGGCAGAGGUAUUGGUCUGCAGGUGCAAGACUUGCCAGAAUGGAAAAAACAUGUGAUAGGUGGUAAAAAGUCAUCAUUUGGUAAAAAGACGAACUUAACUAUAAUUGAACAACGUCAAUCAUUACCGAUAUACAAAUUAAAGGAAGAAUUACGUAAAGCAGUAACCGAUAAUCAAAUUCUUAUUGUGAUUGGAGAAACCGGUUCAGGCAAAACGACGCAAAUUACUCAAUAUUUAGCCGAGGUCGGAUUUACAGCUAGAGGAAAAAUAGGUUGCACCCAACCGAGAAGAGUAGCAGCUAUGUCAGUCGCUAAAAGAGUAGCAGAAGAGUUUGGUUGUAGACUAGGUCAAGAAGUUGGUUAUACGAUUCGUUUCGAAGAUUGCACCAGCCCAGAAACGUUGAUAAAAUACAUGACAGACGGUAUGUUAUUGAGAGAAUGUCUGAUGGAUCUAGAUUUAAAACAGUAUUCUGUAAUAAUGUUGGACGAAGCCCACGAACGAACCAUACACACAGACGUCUUGUUCGGUUUACUAAAACAAGCAGUCAUGAAACGAGAAGAAUUAAAAUUAAUCGUAACCUCAGCUACAUUAGAUGCAGUUAAAUUUUCACAAUAUUUUUUCAAAGCUCCCAUAUUCACAAUACCGGGAAGAACUUUCCCAGUGGAAGUUUUGUAUACCAAAGAACCAGAAACUGAUUAUUUAGACGCGAGUUUAAUUACAGUGAUGCAGAUACAUCUGAGGGAACCACCUGGGGAUAUUCUACUUUUUUUAACCGGUCAAGAAGAGAUUGAUACCGCUUGUGAAAUUUUAUAUGAAAGAAUGAAAUCAUUAGGUCCUGAUGUACCAGAACUUAUAAUUUUACCUGUAUAUUCGGCUCUACCUUCGGAAAUGCAAACUAGAAUAUUCGAACCUGCGCCACCUGGAAGUAGAAAAGUUGUAAUAGCCACUAACAUAGCCGAAACGUCAUUAACCAUCGAUGGGAUUUACUAUGUGGUAGACCCCGGGUUCGUUAAACAAAAAGUCUACAAUUCCAAAACCGGUAUGGAUUCUCUGGUAGUCACACCUAUUUCACAGGCCCAAGCUAAACAGAGAGCAGGUCGAGCCGGUAGGACAGGUCCUGGAAAAUGUUACAGACUUUAUACCGAAAGAGCUUAUAGAGACGAAAUGCUUCCAACUCCAGUACCGGAAAUUCAACGAACUAAUUUAGCGACAACUGUGUUACAAUUAAAAACUAUGGGUAUAAAUGAUUUGCUACAUUUCGAUUUCAUGGAUGCACCACCUGUAGAGUCCUUAAUUAUGGCCUUGGAACAGUUGCAUUCCCUAUCUGCACUAGAUGACGAAGGAUUACUUACCAGAUUAGGCAGGAGGAUGGCAGAGUUUCCUUUAGAACCGAAUCUUUCCAAAAUGUUGAUAAUGUCAGUAGCUCUACAAUGCUCCGAUGAAAUAUUAACAAUAGUCAGUAUGUUAUCUGUUCAGAACGUCUUCUAUCGACCAAAAGACAAACAGGCUUUGGCCGAUCAGAAAAAAGCUAAAUUCAAUCAACCCGAAGGUGAUCAUUUAACACUUCUGGCAGUAUACAAUAGCUGGAAAAAUAAUAAAUUUUCGAACGCUUGGUGCUACGAAAAUUUCGUACAGAUUAGAACGUUAAAAAGAGCUCAAGAUGUUAGAAAACAGCUGUUGGGAAUUAUGGACAGACAUAAAUUGGACGUAGUGUCAGCUGAAAGGAACACAGUGCGGGUGCAAAAAGCCAUUUGUUCUGGAUUCUUUAGGAACGCAGGAAAAAAAGAUCCUCAAGAAGGUUAUAGAACUUUAGUGGAUAGUCAAGUUGUGUAUAUACACCCUUCUAGCGCUUUAUUUAACCGACAACCAGAAUGGGUAAUUUACCAUGAAUUAGUACAAACGACAAAAGAAUAUAUGAGAGAAGUGACAACAAUCGAUCCUAAAUGGUUGGUGGAAUUCGCACCCGCAUUCUUUAAAUUUUCAGAUCCAACUAAACUUAGUAAAUUCAAGAAGAAUCAACGUUUGGAACCUUUGUAUAAUAAAUAUGAAGAACCGAACGCUUGGAGGAUAUCUAGAGUACGAAGAAGAAGAAAUUAGAUAAUCAAUUGUGAAGCAAUUCUAUUUAUAAGCUACCCAAAAAAAUAUGUAUAUCAGUUCUUUAUAUAUAAGUAAAUAUGUUGUUUUAUAUAAAUAAAUUGUGAAAAUGUA